AAGCUGGCUGAAGCUGAGAUCAGGACACUGCAGCAACAGUUUCGGACAGCAGCAGAGAAGAGGAAAUCUUAUGGUGUCAACGUGAGGCAGCAAUUGCAGGCUCAGGAAAAAGAAAUAAAGUCGCUGACUCAAGAACACAAAGAGGUGGUAUUAACGCUGAGCCAGAUGAUGUCCCCAAGAAGAGUGAUGCAGGAUGACAGAAAAUGUAUGGAGCUCCAAAGCUGUUUGGAGAACAAAUAUCAGUACGAUUCUCUGAUAAGAGACAGAAAAGCCAUGUUAGCUAAGCUGGACAACGAGAUACUAGAGCUGGAAAAAAAGAUUCUGAGGCAAAACCAGAUAGUAGCGAAGGUGGAGCAAGCAAAUAGUAGCAAACGGCUGCAAAAGCAGAUUGAGACACUGGAGAUGCGUCUAAACAAUGUCACUGUCCAUUUCGAUACCAUCUUGACCAGAAACAGCGAGCUCCGAGAAGAGAUUGAAAGCCUGCGAAUCCAGAAAGCUGCUUUGGACAACUCCUACUUGAAGCUCCGUAAGAAGCUAGAUCAGCAGAGGAGAAGGAUGAACACUGCCAUUAAGCGAUCCGCACAAGCCUACAAGCAGCGGAUGGAGGUUCUGGCAAAGAUUUCAGCCAUGAAAGAAACGCACAGCAAAGACGUUGUCCAGUACAAUGUCGAGCUGCAGGAGCGGGAGCGCGUCCUUCACCAGGAGAACAAACUGAAAGCCUUCGCAAUCGCCAGAUUUACAGAUCGCUCUGAAUUGGAGGAACAGGCCAAAAAGAAAAAAGCCCUGAAGGCAGCCCAGCGAACGAAGCAGAGCCAAGGAGAGAGCUUCGGGAGCCGGGUGGUGGCUUACAACCGCCUGCUGGAACUGACAGAGGAUGGGAACAUUGAUCAUCUGCUGAAUAGCUUCAUUGAAAAGGAGGAAAAGAACUUUGCCUGCUUCAAGUACAUCACUGAGCUGAACAAUGAGAUGGAGAAGAUACAGUGGAAAAUCAAGGACCUCCAGAAUGAAAUUACAGCCCUCGUGGCAGACCAGAAGUAUGCAGAGAGCAACAGCCUUCAUGACCUGAAGGAGCUGGAGGAAAGACUAAUGCAAACUACUGAAAAAGCCAACUGGGAAAAAAACAGAUGUGAAGAGAGCAACAAAGUCCUGGACCAGCUCAAAUCCAACAUGGAGACCGUGAUCAAAGGAAUCGACUGUGACGCUACAAAGACAACGAAGCAGCUUGGAGAAAAUUGGCACAUCACGGAUCUGAACCUGAUGCAGUUUUUGGUGGAGGUGCCGCUGGACGGCCAGCUUCGCCAGCUGAUUCUCCAGAGACAGGAGAAGAAGCGGGGCAGUGCCGCUGGCACGGGCAAGAAGGGCGUCAAGGUGUGA